AAACGGUCGCGUUUGAGCUUUACGUUCGCGGCGUCCUGCACAGUCCGGUGAGUCACCGUCCGCGUUGGAAUACAGAGAGAGAGAGAGAGAGAAAGAGGCGGAUAGUGAACGGGAAAGAACUGGAGCUGCGAGCAUGGCGGUCGAAGAGGAAGGUCUUCGGGUUUUCCAGAGUGUCAAAAUAAAAAUCGGUGAAGCAAAGAACAUCCCUCCAUAUCCAGGUCCGAAUAAAAUGCGGGAUUGUUACUGCACAGUCAACCUGGACCAGGAGGAAGUGUUUCGAACCAAAACCAUAGAGAAGUCUUUGUGUCCGUUCUACGGCGAGGACUUUUAUUGUGAAAUCCCACGCAGUUUCCGCCAUCUGUCCUUUUACAUCUUUGACAGAGACGUGUUCAGAAGGGACUCCAGCAUCGGUAAAGUGGCUGUGAAGAAGGAAGACCUGCAAAAAUACCACGGUAAAGACCACUGGUUCCCGCUGCAGCCGGUCUGUGCAGACUCAGAGGUUCAGGGAAAGGUUCACCUGGAGCUGCGUCUCAGUGAGGUCAUCACAGACAGCGGAGUCAUCUGCCACAAGCUGGCAACACGGGUUUUAGAGUGUCAGGAUCUGCCCAUAGUGAAUGGCCAGUGUGAUCCGUACGCCGCUGUGUCUUUACUUGGCCCCUCCAGGUCAGAAGCCAAGAAGACGAAGGUCAAACGGAAAACCAACAAUCCUCAGUUUGAUGAGGUCUUCUUUUUUGAGGUGACAAAACCGCUGAGUUACACCAAACGACAGUUUGACGUGGAAGAGGACGACGUGGACAAGCUUGCGCUUAAGGUGGAUCUGUGGACCGCCAGCAAUCUGAAGUUCGGAGACGAGUUUCUCGGAGAGGUACGGGUGCCGCUGAAGGUGCUGGGACAGUCGGGUGUUCAUGAUGCAUGGUACUUCCUGCAGCCAAGAGAUAACGGUAAUAAAUCAGUGAAGGCUGAUGAGCUGGGCUCGUUACGACUCAACAUCAUUUACACGGAGGACCACGUGUUCCCCACAGAGCAUUAUAACCCACUCCGAGACCUGCUGCUGCUGCAGUCUGCGCAUGUCGAGUGUGUCUGUGUGCAGCCCGUCUCUGCGUCCGCAGCUCACAUCUUGGGCGAGGUGUGCCGUGAGAAGCAGGAAGCCGCUGUCCCGCUGGUGCGACUCUUCCUGCACUAUGGCAAAAUCGUGCCUUUCCUCAGUGCCAUUGCCCACGCAGAGAUCAACCGCACACAGGAUCCCAACACCAUAUUCCGGGGAAACUCACUGACGUCCAAAUGCAUUGAUGAGACCAUGAAGCUGGCAGGGAUGCAUUACCUGCGGGUCACACUCAAACCCAUCAUUGAUGAAAUCUGCACUGACCACAAACCUUGUGAGAUCGACCCCGUCAAGCUGAAGGAGUCUGAGAACUUAGACACAAACAGGGAAAACUUACGGCAGUACGUUGACCGGAUCUUUAACGUCAUCACCAGCUCGGGUGUGAGCUGUCCGACAGUCAUGUGUGACAUCUUCUUUUCGCUGCGAGAGUCUGCAGCGUCACGCUUUCAGGUCGACCCGGAUGUGCGCUACACGGCUGUCAGCAGUUUCAUCUUCCUCCGUUUCUUCGCUCCUGCUAUCUUGUCACCGAACCUCUUCCACCUGCGGCCGCAUCACCCGGAUCCGUGCACGUCUCGGACACUGACUCUCAUUUCCAAAACCAUCCAAACACUGGGAAGCCUGGCCAAGUCCAAAUCUGCCAAUUUCAAAGAGUCCUACAUGGCCGCCUUCUAUGACUACUUCAAUGAGCAGAAGUACGCCGAUGCAGUAAAGAACUUCCUGGAUCUGAUCUCAUCCUCGGCCCGCUGGGAUCAGAAGAGCAUUGAGACGCCCAUCAUGCUGAAGGAAGGAUUCAUGAUCAAACGAGCUCAAGGGCGAAACCGCUUCGGUCUGAAGAACUUCAAGAAGAGAUGGUUCCGCUUGACCAACCACAAGUUCACCUACCAUAAAACCAAAGGAGAGGGUGCUCUGUGCAGCAUCCCUAUUGAGAACAUCCUGGCUGUAGAGAGACUAGAGGAAGAGUCCUUCAAAAUGAAGAACAUGUUCCAGGUCAUCCAGCCGGAGAGGGUGCUCUACAUCCAGGCCAAUAAUUGCGUGGAGGCCCGUGACUGGAUCGACAUCCUAACCAAGGUCAGUCAGUGUAACCGCAAGCGCCUGAGCACGUACCACCCGUCGGCCUACCUCAACGGACACUGGCUCUGCUGCAAGCUGUCUGCAGACACUGCACCCGGCUGCACGCCCUGCACAGGGGGACUUCCUGCCAACAUCCAGCUGGACGUGGAUGGAGACAGAGAGACGGAGAGGAUCUACUCGCUCUACAGCACGUACAUGUCCAAACUAGUGAAGAUGCAGGAGGCCUGUGGCAGUAAGUCGGUGUACGAUGGCCCAGAGCAGGAGGAAUACUCCACGUUUGUGAUCGACGACCCGCAGGAGACGUAUAAAACCUUGAGACUCGUCAUCUCAGCCGUACAGACACUGGAGCAGCAGCACAUGCAGUACAAACGAGACAAGUUCAGGAAAACCAAGUACGGCAGCCAGGAACAUCCAAUCGGUGAUCAGAGCUUCCAGUGUUACAUCCGCCAGCAAUCAGAAAGCUCCACCUACUCCAUCUAACCACGCCCACUGCAGACACUGUACAGUCUCCAUGGCAACAACCGCAUCUCAAACAGGAAACUCUUGAGUUGUGAUUGACAGGGGGGUGGCCACAGACAAAAGUUAAACCUCUGGUGCUUUUAUAUGAUUUUAAUCAAUCAACAGCUUCCUCUGAAUGGCGUGGGCCGCCGUGCACUUUAUACGUCACACGCACCUGUGGACCAUGUAGCUCCGCCUCACGGCACGUUAUAACAUUUUAUGAUGUUUUUAAGCUAGGAGACGACCAGAUGUCCUCUAGCUGUGGAUCAUGUUUUUAUAAACAGAGUGUUGGGCCAAAGGACAGAUCCCACAAUCCUUUGCUUUGAAAGAGUUUUUAGAUGUCGGUGGAUGUGAGACCUGCGACUGAACCUGAUGAACUAUAACCAUGUUUUUAACUCAUAUAGAAAUAUUCUGCUCUGUUUCUCCCUGCACUUCCCCUUACUCACCCUUGUGUCAUCAUGCCAGCUGAAGCAGUGCUGCAUUGUGGGAAAUUUGUCAUGCCGUGUGUGUUAAAGCAUGCAGACUCUUAUGCCAGCCGUUUCCAGCAUGUGGCGUGACGCUAAACCACUUUCUGAUGGUUAGUGGGUCCAGUUGUGUUCAGCAUCACAUUUGUGUUUUUAUACUUUCUGUUGUGUCUCACAGCUUGUGUGUGUGUGUGUGUGUGUGUGUGUGUGUGUGUGUGUGUGUGUGUGUGUGUGUGUGUGUGUUUUAAUCUGAAGCAAGCGUGCAUGAGUGUGUUUCAAUGAUUAAUAUGAUUAAUAACUCCCUUUUUAUCACAUCACGCUUUAUAGAGAUCUAUGAUAUGAAUGUGAUUAUUUUGAUGCAUUUCAUGAAAUCUGUCAAGAUCAUGCCCUGCUCAUAUUUCACCCUAAAAUCAAAUCUAUCUAUAUAUCUAUCUAUCUGUAUAUAUACAUACACACAUACACACACAGUUAAGCUUAAAGAAACUGAGACAUUUUACAAGCAUUAAGAGUCUUUGCAUUGCAAAAUAUUUUACUGUAAUGUAUGGUAGAACCUGUUUCUGCUACAAAAUAAAAAACAAUUGUAAAGUAAUUGCACUGAAAAAAAUGGUGUAGAAAAUUUUCAUUUGGAAAAUGCUAGUAAA